GACGCCAAAGUUGUUCAGACACAGACACAGAUAGGAAACCUUAAGGCCAGCUAACAAUUUAAUCUGGCGACCUCGGGAUUCGACUCACGAAACUUCGUAGUCCCUGAAAAACCAUUUCCUUUCUCAACAUCCUAUUCUGAUUUUUCGGGCAGAAGGAUCCUUCUUUUUCUCUAUCCAUUUGACGUUACGCUUUUCUUUCCUUCGUCCAGUUGAAGAGUCGAUUGAGCUCUGGUGAAAGUACAGCCCUUGAAGAACACUUGUGGAUAGGGACAGAUUGUACAGGACGCAAUGUGGUUUCCUAAAUCAUUGUCGGCGCUAUGGCUGGCUUCUUGUGUUAUGGCAGCUGGAGACACCAUGACUACCAAGCUGAGCGAGGACGGAAUUAGGAGUAUACCGCUUCGAACACAUUCGCUGAACCAGCCAUAUUUGGAUUCGGAUAUGCAAAGCAGAUGGUUCGAUUUCGGUGGACAUACUAUUGUGAGAGCAGACAAGUACAUACGAUUGACAUAUGAUCAUCCAUCUUCUUCAGGAUGGCUCUUCUCAAGAGUCCCACUAACGGCCACAAACUGGGAGAUCGAAGUCGAAUUCAAGGUCCAUGGUCAGGGCAACCUUCACGGUGAUGGAUUCGCCAUGUGGCUCACCAAACAACGCGGCAUCCAGGGCGACGUCUUCGGCUCCGUUGACAAAUUCGAAGGUCUCGGUAUCUUCUUUGACACCUACAAGAACAAUCGUCCUGGCACUGUCUUCCCCUACGUAAUGGCCAUGGUCGGCGAUGGCAACACUGCCUACGACAAAGGCAACGAUGGCAAAGAUCAAGAAUAUAUGGGCUGUUCCGCACGGGGUCUCCGCAAUGCGAAUGUCCCAACUAAAGCCAAACUCACUUAUUUCCAAGACAAAUCCCUCAAACUCGAACUCCAAUACAAGAAGGAGGAUCAAUGGGAACUCUGCUUUGAAACUUUCGAACCACCUACUAUCCCAUCCGUAGCCUAUCUUGGAUUUUCUGCCGAAACGGGUGAACUGAGCGACAACCACGACAUCAUCAGCGUCAACACAAAUAAUUUGUACGAUACCAAUACCCACAAGGAUAAGUAUAAGGAUGCGCAACCCAAUCUUGGAAAUGGAAACAGUAGGUCUAAGAAGGGACAGGGUAUUUUAAACAGAAACAAGAAGCCAGCCGGGAGCUGGAGUUGGUUCUUUGUUAAGUGUAUCAUUGGACUAGUUGUUCUGGGUGGUGGUUAUGUCGGAUAUACGGCUUGGAGAACUUCUCAAAGGAGAAGUCAUCGAUUUUAGAUGAUGGGGAAUGAAGGCAAUGGUACUUGAGUAUUCAAAUCUGAUCGGAUUUGAAUGAUAAAGUCGGGGAAGUGAGCGAAAUGAACACAAGAACGCGAGCAUCAGUGGAUAAGGAACGAGAAUUGGAACCCGAAUUCACAUGCAAAUGAGAUGAAGAUCGAUCUCUUUACUUACUUCUAUUCGUGGAUUGAUACCGAGGCAAAUUCGACGGAAACCAGGGGUUUCAAAUAGUUUAAGUAGUAUACCAAGGAAAGCAAGACAGAAAACCAAUAUUCAAUAUGGGCAAUGCAAGGGAAUGAAAAGAAUCUGAUGGUCUGGAUCUCA